GUGGUAACUGAACGUAGAAGUAUUGAGGGGACUGGAGUAAACAGGGUGUACAGGGUCUAAAGAGACUUGAACUAGCUGGGAGCCACAAGUCAUCAUGGUUAUCCUGCUGGUCCUCACACUGAAGGUUGUCCUCCUCUUAGCUGCUGUGUGGAGUGUGUGUUCAGCAGAGUUGAUCACAGUGCUUCCUGAAGGAUAUGAGGGGGGCAAGGCAGAGAUCAGAUGCCCCUAUAGAGAGGAGUGGAGGAGCCACCAGAAGUACCUCUGUAAAGGGGAUUGUCCUGUUUUUAAUAAAGACAAAGUUAUUAAGACUGAGGCAGGGGAAAACAGUGCUUCUAACGGGAGAUACUCGCUGAAGGACAACAGAGAGGAAAGUGUCUUCAUUGUGACCAUCACCAACCUGACGUUAAAUGAUGCUGGGAGAUACUGGUGUGGAGUGGACACAUGGGGACAAGAUAACUACAUUAAAGUGAACCUUGAAGUCUCUGAAGAUUGGUGCUGCGAGAAUCGCACUGCAGUGACUGGCUACUAUGAAGAACGGUCAGUCUCCAUCCACUGUGUUUAUGAUGAAAAGUAUGAAGACAAUCAGAAAUACUUCUGCAAAGAAAAGACACGAUCGAAUUGUCUAGGUGAUGUUAAAGUGAUAACAACCAAAAGCCAGAAUGGGAGGUUCUCACUGUUCUGCAACAAGACAGACAGAGUUUUCACCGUGACCAUCACCAGGCUAACCCAAGAGGAUGCUGGGGGAUAUCUAUGUGGCGUACAGAACAACCACAACAUCGAUACCAUGUCAGCAGUCAGACUAUCCACCUCCAUCUCAUCAUCAUCCAUCUCACCACCAUCAUCCAUCUCAUUAUCAUCAUCCAUCUCUCAUCUAUCAUCCAUCUCAACACCAUCAUCCAUCUCAUCAUCAACACAAAAUGGAUUUGAUACAUCAGUGGUCAUCAUAGUAUCUGUGACUCUGGUCAUGCUGCUAUUGGUGCUUGUGGUCAGCCUGCUCAUAGUCUAUAGAUGGAAAUUCAACAAGGAAACAGCUGUCUCCUCAGCACCCAGGGUGAACACAGACACUCGGCUCAACAUAGAGGGUUGUCAUGGUGAUGGUGACUAUGAGGAAAUAAAGGACCGCCCCCUACAGUCCAGUUCAGGUAGUGAGACCCCCACCAUCUACGCCAUUGCCAACUUACCCACAAACCCCUCUGACUCUCUCAACUAUGCCAGUGUCAACUUCCACAAGAACCCCAGCUGCCCCAAUGAGGCCACUGUCGCCAUCGCUAAAAAGGGCACUUUUUCUGGUGACUAUGCCAACAUAAUUCAAAACCCUGCCUACUCUACUGUCAAUCAUCCACACAGCUCCUCUGAGGCUCCUCCCAUCUACUCCACAGUGAGCAAAUCCAGAGACACCUGAGUCACUGACAACCAAUCACAAGGGACAUACACACACUGGCAACCAAUCACAAGAAACAUGUCAUGAACUACGUUUGCCACUAACAGCCUCUUGAACAUUGAGUUCUGUUUUUAGCUGGCAGCUGCAUAAUGUGCUUCAUGUCCCCACAAUGUGUUUCCCUGACUUCUCUCUUCCACCAGAUGUGUUUCCCUGACUUCUCUCUUCCAUCAGAUGUGUUUCCCUGACUUCUCUCUUCCAUCAGAUGUGUUUCCCUGACUUCUCUCUUCCAUCAGAUGUGUUUCCCUGACUUCUCUCUUCCAUCAGAUGUGUUUCCCUGACUUCUCUCUUCCAUCAGAUGUGU